GUAAAUGACUUUUGUAUCGAGAAAUUACCAUAUUUUUCAAAUCACUUGUUUUUGUUAUUGUUUUUUUCGGCCAUAAUAUUUGUUUUCUAGUAUUAUUUUUAAUUACAUUUACAUCUAAUUAUACGUACACCACAGCCGGACUCACUAUCAUUAGCGCUGAUAACAAUCGUCCCAUUGAUUACAUUAAUGGCAUUACUGGUGGCCGGAUAUUCGUUCAGAAGUUUACGCAAAAAGUCUCGUAUCAAUGAAGUGCCAACCAGUGAGGACCCACUCAUCGACCUGUCGCCGCCCUCGCCAUACGUUGGCCUCAGACCCAUACAACUCAUGGAAGUCAAAGCUCAGGGAAAAUUUGGCUCUGUUUGGAGG